CGUAAUGAAAGAAGAUUUUACGCAGAUCAACCAAUCAGUGCACUUUUGGGGUAGACUAACAAAAAAAAAUAGACAGAAGUUACAUGUAGACGGUACAAGGUGUACUAGACUUCGUGCAAGCCCGUCUGGAUAGGUCCCACCCACUCAUCGGAUAUUCUACCGCUAAACAGCGAUACUUAGUAUUGUUGUGUUUCAGUUUGAAGGUUAAGUGAGCCGGUGUAACUACAGGCACAAGGGACUUAAAUCUUAGUUUCCAAGAUUGGUCGUACAAUUGCGCUGUAUGAGGGUUAUAUUUCAUACAGCGCAAUAGCCCAAGUUUGUGUUAUAGCCGUAGCCGUAAGAAUGGACGUGGGUACCGCUCUCGCAGGUGUCAGAACCAUAAAAAGCGCUUUCCUUGUAUUGGUAGCACUUGCUCUCACGGGCUAUAAGUGGCCGGUACAUAAACCACUUAAUGACAGUGUAACAUGCGAUUACAUCGUGGUUGGCGCGGGCACAGCGGGUAGCAUCGUGGCGAACCGUCUCAGUGAGGAUCCACGGUUAGCUGUGUGCGUCAUCGAGGCUGGUGGAGACCCACCUUUGGAGACUGAGAUUCCAUCAUUGUUCGCUUAUUUGCCGAAGACUUACAUGGACUGGAAUUUUACUUCAGAGGAUGAUGGCUAUACAGCACAAUACCGCCAGCAGACAUUUUUGGAUCUCCCACAAGGUAAAUUGCUUGGAGGCAGCAGUUCCAUUCAUCACUUAUACCACAUUAGAGGAGAUCCUAAGGAUUAUGACGAUUGGGCGACGGCUACCGGCGAUGACUCGUGGUCCUGGCAAAACCUUCUUCCAUAUUUCAUCAAGAGCGAACGAGUUGAAGAUCCAUACAUAUUAAACUCACAAAGCGGUAAAUAUCACGGGUCAAAUGGCUACAUGGGUAUUACGAGGGAGAGUAGAGAUUUACCUCUUAGAUACUUAAAAGCUUUCAAGGAAAUGGGUCACAAAAUUAUUGAAAACGCAAACGCAGGAGAGACGUUAGGAUUCUUCCGGCCUAUGAUUACCAUAUUUGGAGGAGUUCGCCAAAGCAGCGCGGAGUCAUUCUUGUCACCAAUAAAGAAUAGGGAAAAUUUGUAUAUUAUGAAAAAUACUUUAGUAACUAAGAUUCUAAUCGAUGAAAAUUCACAAGCCACGGGCGUACAAUGUACGACUUCGGAUGGAACUGCUAUUACAAUACUUGCUCAAAGGGAAGUUAUAGUUUCAGCUGGUGCCUUUAAUACACCCAAACUUCUUAUGCUCUCUGGUAUAGGGCCGAAAGAUCACCUGGAAAGUUUUGGUAUUAGCGUGGUGUCUGAUUUACCUGUAGGUGAGAAUUUACAAGAUCACAUGGGUGUAAUAUUGGUUCAUAAGUUAGAAGAAACUAGCGAAAUUCUUACUUCAGAUCCGACUCAAUUUCCUGUACCAACUUUUGUUGGUUUCGGAGCUAUAAAUAAGACACAGAGUAAUCCAGAUUAUAUAACCUUAAAUUUAAUUAGUAGGAACAUCCCAGCAGUAUUAAUGCAGCUUUGUUCAUCAGUAUUUAGUCUACAUGAAGACGUCUGUGCAGAGAUUUAUUCUACCGGUGAAGGGAGAGAAGUUCUCUUCACAGUACUGUCCUUAGGCCGACCCUCAUCUCGGGGACAGAUUCGUUUACAGAGUGCGAACCCUGAAGAUCCACCAAAGAUUUACACAGGAUUUCUUUCCGCUAUCAUUGAUUUAGAGAAGAAUGUCGAUUCCAUUUUAGACUUUAUCAGAGUAACAGAGUCAAGUUAUUUCACUGGAGUUGGGGGUCAAACAAAAUAUUUUGACUUCCCGAACUGCAGGGAAGCGACGACGGCAAGAGAAUAUUGGAAGUGCUACGUUCUCCAUAUGAUGGACACCACUUUCCAUUACAGUGCUACAUGUCCCAUGGGAACAGUUCUGGACUCCAGUCUUAAAGUCGUCGGUGUGAGUAAGCUUAGAGUAGUUGAUGCGAGCGCUUUGCCGAAUUUAACGAGCGGUACCAUAAACGCUGCCGUGAUGGUCCUUGCAGAAAAGGCCGCUGAUAUAAUUAAGCGUAGCCAAUCAUGUGAAUAGCAUUAAUUCUCAAAUUAACCUAAUAAUCUUGGCUUUAAAGAGAAAAAUAACAAGUUUGAGUUUGGAUUGCUCUUGUAAAAGACUAGAAUAUUAAUGUGACUGUAACAAAAAUGGCUUACAACUUAUAUUUUGUCUUGUAUUAUGUUGUCAUGUAUUAUUUUAUCAUUAUAAAUAAAAAUAUAAUUUUA